GGUGGAUUGGCUGUAUCCUAUCACGUGACUCACGUACCACGUGACCCAUAAUAAAGAUCCAUGGCGGCGCACUGUUCUGCAGGACUGGCAACAAGAUCAGGAUUGGGUGCCUUACUACGGAGAAGAGUUUGUUGUGUAACAAACUGCGGUCCCCCCACAGCCCUACUGUGUCAGCAACAUCGCCACUUCUUCUGGAGGAAGUGGGAAAGCUCUCACAAUGUAGUUCGUCCUGCUACUGUUAGGCCUGCAUACGCCGUUCCCAAGCACAUUGUGCGGCCCAACUAUGUAGGCUCUGGUUUGGUCCCAGAAUGGCCAGACUACAUAGAAAUCAAGGGUCAAGAGGAGGUUGAAGGCCUCGCCAGAGCUUGUCAGUUAGCCAGACAUGUACUGCUGUUAGCUGGAAGCAGUCUGAAGGUUGGUAUGACGACCGAUGAAAUAGACUUCAUCGUGCACCAGGAGACAAUCAAGCACAAUGCAUACCCAUCCCCGCUCAGAUACGGAGGUUUCCCCAAAUCGGUCUGUACUUCUGUGAACAACGUGGUCUGUCAUGGCAUACCUGACUGUCGGCCACUUCAAGAUGGAGAUAUUAUCAACAUUGAUGUCACUGUGUACUUAGAUGGCUACCAUGGUGACACUUCAGAAACCUUCUUAGUUGGCCAGGUGGAUGAAGUCGGACAGCGACUGGUUGAAGCUGCCAGGCGUUGCAGAGAUGAGGCGAUCGCUGCUUGUAAGCCCGGUGCACAGCUCUGCGUUAUAGGAAACACUGUCAGUGAAAUAGCCAAAGCCAGCGGUUUCAAGGUGUGUCCUUAUUUUAUUGGACAUGGAAUUGGCUCCCACUUUCACUGCUAUCCAGAAAUCUGGCACCAUGCAAAUGAUAAUGACAUGACCAUGGAUGAAGGGAUGUCUUUCACAAUAGAGCCCAUACUGAUGGAGGGGUCUGCAGAGUUUAAAAUCCUGAAGGAUAAGUGGACAGCGGUGUCUGCAGAUGAUAAAAGGUCGGCUCAAUUUGAACACACGGUGGUCAUCACGUCUGACGGAGUGGAGAUUCUCACUAAACUGCCAGAGGAGAGCGAUGAUCUGUGACCUGAAGAAAUCUACCUGCUGACCUCUAAAUUAACUGAUAGAAAUCUGUUUACAAACCUCCUGUCCUUCUUGAUAAAAAAAAAAGGUCUGAAGGAACUUGAACAUUUUUUCAACAUGACACAAGUGUAUAUGUUUUUACCUUUACAGGUCAAACAUACCCUCUUUUGAUUUCUGUCUGUAAAGUAUUUGAAAACAUAAAAUCCAUAUUCUUAUUUUAUUUUUGAUAAAAAACAGAUUGCUGCCCAUACAGUAUCUGUAUAUUCUGUAAGACUGAGGUGUUAUUUUCACACUUGACGAGAGCACAUACAGGACAAAGUUGCUGCUGGUGCAUUUUAUCUGAAAUAUAUAUAUAUAUAAAUCAAAUGUCUGUAAUGGAUCACAAUGCUUCCCACAAUUCAGUCUCCAUUUGCAGCCUUGGCUGUUAUCUUUUUUUGUGUGUUUGACAAGUUAAAGAUUGUGCAGGUGUAUGUGUUGGCUGGAUAGUCUGAUGGGGCCCAUGACAGUAGCUGUAAAAUUGGAGCAACAUAAAAUGGGCUUUGGCAGGGUUUUCACCCACUGCCCACCAAACACUGUAAAAUGUUCUGGUAAUUUAAUAAAGUCACAAAACUUUGCAGUAGCCAGCUGUGUUAUCUGCACUUUUUUUUUUUAACCUUCUUCACCAUUGUUUACAUGUUUAUUUGAAUUUUCUCUCAGGGUAUGUAGAGUAUGUCUUUUUUUGUCUCAAACAAUCAGUUAACAUCACACAAAGAAUACCUCAGUAAUCCUUGAAAGAACCCAACACUCAACAUGUUUGUUGUAAUAAAAAGUAGUCAUCUAA